AUGUGGCCUCGCUUUCUGACCCGUUCGUUUCCAAUGAAUCGUCAUUACUUUCUGAUUCCGAAAUUUGCAUUGACCUUGAUUGGUUUCUAUCCGGAGCAGGAGAGGAGCUGCCCGGUGCGUGCCUGGAGUUUCUUCAAUUUCUUCAUACUCGCCUAUGGCUGCUACGCGGAGGCGGCCUAUGGCAUCCUCCAGAUACCCAAUAAUAUUGUACUAGCCAUGGAUGCCCUCUGUCCAGUUGCAUCGAGCAUUUUGUCGCUGCUCAAAAUGAGUGCCCUUUGGUACUAUCGCGAUGAGCUCAAGUUUCUCAUAGAGCGGGUGCGAAAACUAACCGAACAGCAGCAAUCGGACCGAAAGUUGGAGUACAAGCGGAGGUGCUAUACGCUGGCUACGCGGCUGACAUUUUUUCUCCUUUGCUGCGGCUUCUGCACCAGCACCUCGUACUCGGUUCGCCAUCUGCUGGAUAAUAUGCUAAGGCGUGCGCAUGGCUUGGAUUGGAUCUAUGAGACGCCGUUCAAAAUGAUCUUUCCUGAGCCGUUGCUACGUCUGCCGCUCUACCCGCUCAUCUAUGCGCUGGUCCAUUGGCAUGGCUACAUUACCGUCGCAUGUUUCGUGGGCGCCGAUGGCUUCUUUCUCGGCUUCUGUCUAUAUCUAAGUGUGCUGCUUAAUUCGUUGCGUGAUGAUGUUGUCGAUUUGCUUGCCGUAAAGAGCAUCAAAACGGAGCCUUCGGCUUGGAAGGAUGAGCGCAUUGUGCGCAAAUUGGAGCGCCUAGUCGACCGUCAUAAUGAGAUUGCCGUACUGACGGAACGCUUGUCCGGAGUUAUGGUUGAGAUAACGCUGGGUCACUUUGUAACCUCAAGCUUGAUUAUAGGUAGCAGUGUGGUUGACAUGUUGCUGUUCUCGGGUGCUGGCAUUAUUGUCUAUUUAGUGUACACCUGUGCUGUGGUAAUGGAAGUUUUUCUAUACUGCUUGGGCGGUACUUUUAUUACGGAGGCGUGCUUAGAUCUGGCUAGAAGCACCUUUGCCAGCCAAUGGUAUUGCCACAGCGCUCGUGUGCAAAAGAUGACGUUGUUUAUGAUAGCGAGAUCUCAACGCGUGCUGAUUGUCAAAGUACCGUUCUUUUCGCCUUCGCUAGAGACUCUGACUUCGAUUUUGCGAUUUACGGGAUCGCUUAUUGCGCUGGCUACGUCGGUGAUUAGAUAA